AUGUCAAGACCGACAAGAGCACGUAAACCCGCUCCUGUCUUUGGAAGUUAUGUCUCCUCUGAUCAACUUUAUGGAUCGGAUGACGAGGGAGAGGAUGAUACUAACGCCGCUGAUGAGGAUGAUGAGGAAGGAGAUGAUGAGUAUGGUGUGGCGGUGGAGGAACCUCAAUCUGUGAUUGAAGAAGCCGAUAGUGCGAAGGAAGAGGGAGGGAGUGAAGACGAAGAUGAAGAUCCAGAGAAAGCUAGUAAAAAAUCAAGAAAAUCUUCUACUUCAGCGAGAAAAACUCAGAAGAGAGCCACCGCCACUGAAGAAAGUAAAUCCGAUCCAAAACCAGAACCUCGAUCAAGAAAUAAACCUACCUCAUCGUCUGCGUCUACCACUUCUACUAACAAGGGCAAGAAGGGUAAAGAUCUUGAAGAAGUCAAGAAGGAAGUCAAAAAGAUUGAGCUCAAGUCAGCUCCGAUCAAGAAGAAACUGAAGAAGAUAGUAGAGUCUGAUAUUGAGACUGAAGUCGAUUCGGAUCAUGAACAAGAGAUGGAAGGUCCUGAGGACGAUGAUGAAGAUGCAGGAUCGGAUGGAGCUGAGGGAGAUAAGAAGAAAUUGGUAAAGAAAGAACCACCGAAGAAGACGGCGACUACUAAAGUAGCUAACAAGCGAGUUGGGAAAGUUGAACCCUCUGAAACAUCUGAUGGAGAUGUUGAAUCCACCACAGAAAAGGACAACAACAAUGAGGAGAUCGCUACUGAUACGGACGAACCUCCCAAAUCAUCGAAGAAGAGUUUGGCGACCGCCACCAAGGCUGCUUCCACCAAAAAAGUCAAACCUUCUCCUCCUCUUCUAAAACCAGCCGCUACUUUAAAACCAACGGAUACCAAACGUCCCCCUCCCAAAGUAGCCAAAAACAAGAUUCACCUGGCUCCAUCUUCAAAUUCCUCGGCUACCUCUGGUGUUAAGCCGACUAUGAACUCUUCCGCUGCCACAAAGAAAGGUAAGGGUAAGUUCACUCCACUCUUACCGAAGAGUUCGAGCGUUGCACCAUCUUCUUCUUCUUCUUUUACCCCACCAUCUGACAUCGUGGCGAAAAAGACCCAAGAUGCGUCCGCGAAGAAAGUCAAGGAGGGUAAAGAAAAAAGGUUGGAUGAUAAGGAAGAGAAAACUGUCAAGAAAUUUGCAAAGGGUAAAGUAGAGAAGAUAGACUUCAAGGAGGAUCAAGCUUCUGUUCAAGCAACCAUUAAACCUAAAGUAGAGGUGAAGAAGGGCAAGCCUCAAGGUAAAGCUACAAAGAAGGAAGAACCAGCAGAGGAUGCGGAGAAUGAUCAGAUCAGUGACGACGAAGAGGCCGAAAGAAUGUCUCUCGAUCCUGGCUCGGCUGAUGACGCUGAGGUCCCCGAGACUAUCACAAGCGAGACCUCGGAUUUGAAAUCCUCAAAAGUCGAUAAACGAGCAAUAACUAGCUCGAGUGGUGAAAAUGAUAAAGCUGAUCGAGUUGGGAUUCCGAAGAAAAAGUCAAAGUCGACCUCUCCGAAGAGUCAAGGUAAAGCUGCUGCUCAAGAGAAGCCCUCUGACAAGGACAAGAAGGAAAAGAAAACCGAAACUGCGGAGUCAGAGGAAGAAGAAGCUCACGAUGUCAAGGCUAAGAGUACCUCAGAAGAUGAUGGAGAUAGAAGUUUGAAAGAUGAAGGAUGGGAAGAGAACCAUCCAAAAGCAUCAGCGAACCCAAAGCGAAGAGGCUCCAGUGAGAAAAAAGAUAUUAAUGCUAAAUCUGAAAGCCCCAGUAGAUCUGAUGAGCUGGAGAAAGAGAGAUUCCGUAAGAAAAAGGAACCCCAACAGAAGGCAGGGGAUGAUGAUGAGAUGGAUGUUGAUGAAGACCAACCAUUCUCACCUGCAAAAGAGCAGGGUAACAACACUCAACCUGUUGCAUACCCAACCCCUGUCACUCCACCCAAACGAAAGGAAGUAUCAUCACCCUCCACUCCAUGUCCCUCGCCUAAAAGAACACCUUCAGCUACAAAGAUACCCCCAUCUGUCAGAGGGUCGAUCAUCUCUUCUCUUUUGGCACCGAAAUUUACCAAAACUCUGGCCUUCACAUCGAUCGAGACGCCCACAUACAGUUCUACAAAACUGGCAAGACAUUGGAGAGAGGUGCUUGGUCCCGAUCUUCAUAAACAUUUUGAAGGUCAUUCACCUAAGAAAGGUAAAGCGUCAAUCGAUAAAGGUUUGAGAAUCAGAAUUUGGGAUCUGGUAACUAAGAAUUACGAAAAAUCAGAUUGGAAAUCCAUCGAAGAAGAGAAUGGAGAGUUUACUGUUACCAAACUUAGGAGACAUUUCAGAGAAGUUAUGGUCAAAGAGGGGAAGAAGUAUAUCGAGAGCUGUUAA